GUUCACGCGCCCACCACGUCAACUUCUACAAGCCUCUAAGAGCUGGGAGUUGAUCUUGUUUACGUUAUCCGCUACAGAUACCCACCUUCUUGCUUCCAGUUUCUACGUCACUGCUAUGGACAGGCAAUCAACAUAUUCACUGAGCCUCUUUGGCGGUCAAGACAACCAGGAUGGCGAAGACAGCAACUCUCAGAUCCGGCAGCAGCUGGUGAAUUUCAUUCUUGACUUCCAUAUCGACAACAUCUUCAUUUAUAGAGACCAAAUUCGAGAGAACGCCCUCAUCAAGCAAUACUACUGCGAUAUCGACAUCGCGCACCUCAUAUCUUACAACGAAGAGCUUGCGCACAAGUUGACGAGCAAUCCCACCGAUAUCAUUCCUAUUUUCGAAGCGGCGCUGAAAGUCUGCACGCAACGGAUUGUAUACCCCUCGCAAAAGGAAAUCAAGCUCCCCGAGCACCAGCUUCUCCUGCACUCCUCAGCAUCGCAAAUCUCUAUACGCGACCUCAAUGCAGACAACGUUUCGCAUCUUGUCCGGAUACCAGGUAUCAUCAUUGGCGCCUCGACUCUCUCUUCGAAAGCCACUACACUUUAUAUACAAUGCCGCAACUGCCAGCACACUAGUCAAAUUCCUGUGACGGGCGGAUUUGCAGGCAUUUCGUUGCCGAGGACUUGUGGGAGACCCAGCACAGAGAACGAUGAGGGCGUCAAAUGCCCGUUAGACCCUUACUUUGUCGUACACGAAAAGUGCCAGUUCAUCGACCAGCAGGUGCUAAAGCUCCAAGAAGCACCGGACCAAGUUCCAGUAGGAGAGCUUCCGCGCCACAUUCUGAUCUCGGCCGACCGCUACCUGUGUAACCGCGUUGUUCCCGGCUCGCGGUGCACAGUAAUGGGUGUGUUUUCCAUUUAUCAAUCAAAGGGAUCGAAGGGAGCAUCAAACGCAGCGGUCGCUAUCAGGAAUCCAUACAUGCGCGCCGUUGGUAUCCACUCGGACGUCGAUCACACUAUGAAGGGCAACGCUACAUUCACAGAGGAAGAGGAGCAAGAAUUCUUGGAAAUGAGCAGGAGGCCAGACCUCUACGAUAUCUUCGCAGAUUGCAUUGCGCCAUCUAUCUACGGCAACAAAGAUAUCAAGAAGGCCAUUGCCUGUCUCUUGAUGGGAGGCUCGAAGAAAAUUUUGCCAGACGGCAUGAAACUGAGAGGAGAUAUCAACGUUCUUCUAUUGGGUGACCCGGGUACUGCGAAGUCUCAGCUCCUCAAAUUUGUCGAAAAAGUUGCCCCAAUUGCGAUCUAUACCUCUGGUAAAGGAUCUUCAGCGGCUGGUUUGACUGCUUCAGUACAGCGUGAUGCCAGUACUAGGGAGUUUUACUUGGAAGGGGGUGCUAUGGUGCUCGCAGACGGCGGUGUGGUCUGCAUUGAUGAGUUUGACAAAAUGCGCGACGAGGACAGAGUCGCCAUUCACGAAGCCAUGGAGCAGCAGACUAUUUCCAUUGCUAAGGCAGGCAUCACUACCAUUCUCAAUGCCAGAACCUCCGUUCUCGCGGCUGCCAACCCCAUCUUUGGUCGCUACGAUGAUCUUAAGACGCCGGGCGAGAACAUCGACUUCCAGACCACCGUCUUGUCGCGUUUCGACAUGAUUUUCAUUGUCCGUGAUGAGCACGAGCGUGGCCGUGACGAGAGGAUAGCUAAGCACGUCAUGGGCAUCCACAUGGGUGGCCGUGGUGUCGAAGAGCAGGUGCAGGCUGAGAUUCCCGUGGAGAAGAUGAAGCGGUACAUCAGCUACUGCAAGCAAAAAUGCGCCCCUCGUCUUUCCCCUGAAGCGGCGGAGAAGCUUUCCUCGCACUUUGUCAGCAUCCGUCGCCAGGUUCACGCCGCCGAAAUGACCGCCAAUGCUCGGUCCUCAAUCCCCAUCACUGUACGUCAAUUGGAAGCCAUUGUUCGUAUAACCGAGUCGCUGGCGAAGAUGACACUUUCGCCCAUUGCGACCGAGGCGCAUGUGGAUGAGGCGAUCCGUCUAUUCUUGGCAUCCACUAUGGAUGCCGUCACCCAGGGUGAAGGCCAGGGCAGCCGCGAGCUGAUGGAGGAAGUAAACAAGGUUGAGGAGGAGCUUAGAAGGCGUCUGCCCAUUGGCUGGACGACGAGUCUUGCGACGUUGAAGAGGGAGUUUGUGGAUUCCAAGGGCUAUUCUGAGCAAGCUCUCAACAGGGCGUUGGUGGUGAUGCAGAGGAGGGAAACGGUACAGAUAAGGCAUGGCGGUAGUCAAGUUCACCGCAGCGGUGUCUGAGGCUGUCCAGGGAUUGGGAAGGUGGGCCAGACGAUUUGCGCAUGGUUUAUGAGGCGUUGUGCGUUCUGCAAGCCGGGAGGACUGGGGCUUUUUGGUUGGGGGUUUGAGAAAAAUACCACGGAUGUUUAGCAGACAGGCAGAUCAAACGUUGAGGGCGACACGACAUUGGCCGACACGAGUCAAUGCAUGAGUGCAUAUGGACCAGGGAGGUAUGUAUAGGCAAAAGAAGCGGGUGCGUAUCCUCUCUGUGUGUCGCGAGGGUACCUACGUGGUCGAAUGAUGGUUGCGUUGAAAGUGGGCACGGAGAUCCUUUCGCACGU